UUUCUUGCAGAGAAGAAGCAUUACUGUGUUAUAGUCAUCAUGAGAAAAUAAAAUCUGUUUGAAUUGUGUUAUCAGUGUAUCGUUAAAAGUGGCAGUGGCAAGUGACAGUUAUGCGAGCAAGUGGUAACAUGGCGUCCGUCGAUAACGCUGGGAAAUUAAUCAGCCGCAAGGAACACUCGUGAAGUGAGAACCGCGAAAGAAACUGUGACAUGUUGUGUACAAAAAGUACAUGAAAUCUGUUUGCAUUAAUUUGCACUUGCCUAUGACGACCGUGCGAUUUCGCAAAGCGAAACAGUCGUACAUAACCGCGGAUUUACUUGUAAAUACGUAACAAUCACACCUCAAAAGUAUAUCAUACGUGGCAGCGUUUAUCGCUGAUAUCAGAUCGUUUCUUUAACGGGACGACUUCGUACGUUUCAUAGAAAUGCACGAGAAGAGAAAAAAGUUGCAAACCAUGCGUGCUUUAAUACUUGUCGGUGGUUAUGGAACUAGAUUGCGACCUCUCACUCUAAGUCGACCUAAACCGCUCGUCGAAUUCGCCAAUAAACCGAUGCUCUUGCACCAGAUCGAAGCACUUGUACAAACAAAUGUAACAGAAGUAAUACUGGCUGUCUCUUACCGAGCGCAGCAGAUGGAAGAAGAGUUGGUCCAUGAGGCAAAGAAAUUAGGAGUGCAACUUAUAUUCUCUCAUGAACCGGAACCGUUAGGUACCGCAGGACCGCUCGCACUUGCCCGUGAAUAUUUAUGCGCCAGCGACGAUCCGUUCUUCGUCCUGAACUCUGAUAUCAUCUGUGAUUUUCCCUUCAAACAACUUCUCGAGUUUCAUGAGAGCCAUGGGAAAGAGGGUACUAUAGUCGUCACUAAAGUGGAGGAGCCAUCAAAGUAUGGUGUAGUUGUAUAUGGGGAAGAUGGACAAAUUAAGAGUUUCGUUGAAAAACCGCAAGAGUUUAUAUCCAAUAAGAUUAAUGCAGGAAUGUACAUUCUUAAUCCAAGCGUACUGAAUAGAAUAGAAUUGAAACCUACGAGUAUCGAAAAAGAAGUCUUUCCAAGUAUGGCUGAAGAUGGAGAAUUAUAUGCGAUGGAAUUGCCAGGUUUCUGGAUGGAUGUAGGGCAACCUAAAGACUUUCUCACGGGAAUGUCUAUGUAUCUUACUUCGUUGAGGCAAAAGCAUCCUGAACAGCUUCAUUCCGGACCUGGUGUAGUGGGCAAUGUUCUGAUAGAUCCAACGGCUGUGAUUGGCAAAGACUGCAGAAUCGGGCCUAAUGUCACGAUCGGACCUGGUGUCACUUUAGCAGACGGAUGUUGUAUUAAACGCAGCACUAUUCUUAAGGCAGCUGUGAUAAAGGAGCAUGCAUGGCUCGAUGGAUGCAUAGUUGGUUGGAGAAGCGUUGUAGGGCGAUGGGUGAGAAUGGAGGGCACAACUGUCCUGGGAGAGGAUGUUAUCGUGAAGGAUGAACUGUACAUCAACGGCGGACAAGUUUUACCACAUAAGAGCAUUUCUACCUCUGUACCGGAACCACAGAUCAUUAUGUGACCAAAGAUCAUAACUUGAAUUCGAAUUGAGUAAAGGCAAUAAUAAUCUAGACCAAAACACGAGAUACAAUCCGAGAUUUGUAACAAUUUUUUAAACAUGCAUAAUAUAUUACCUCUGUUGGUUUUUUAUUAUUUUUA